AGCAAAACCCAUCUAAUUCAAUUCAUCUCAUCUCAUCUUACUACUACUGCUGCUGUUCAUAGAUUAGUAUUAAUGGCGUCCCUUGUUAGCUUCUCCCCCGGUGGUGUUGGUCUCCUCUACGGCGGCGGAUCCACGCCGGAAUUGGUGAAGUCCGGCAGAUUCAGUUCUCGGGUGGUUGUGAGAUCAAGUACUGUAAACCCUUCUGUCAGGAAGGAAGAAUCCAAGGUGGUUGAUACUGUUGUUGUGGCCGAUCUUGCCAAACCAAACACUGCCUACUGCAGGUGUUGGAGGUCCAAGACAUUUCCUUUGUGCGAUGGGAGCCAUGUAAAGCACAACAAAGAAACUGGAGACAAUGUCGGCCCUUUGCUACUCAAGAAGUAGAUCAAUUGCCAACAUAUUAUUAAUUAAUUAUGAAUUAAUGUUAUCUGAUGUUUCUCUUCAUUAAUUAAUGGUGUGUUUUUUAUUACCUGUAAUAAUGCUAGUCAUUGGACGAGUUUUCUUGAAUUCCAAAUUUCUAGUUUUUGGUUCUA